AUGAAAGCUCUCGUUCUUACCCCAAAAACUCGAUCUACGGAAGUGCGCGACAUUCCCACUCCGGCGCCUGUGAGCUGCAUAACGUCAAAGACGGCCGAGUGCAAAAUGGAACGCGGGUUGCGGGUUUCCUCCAAGGAGCUAAUCCAAUCUACAGCCAGCUCUUCCGAUGACGGCUCCGGCGCUUUCGCGGAAUACGUCGCGGCUCCAUACGAUCUGCUUUGGACCGUUCCGGAGAGUCUGUCUUUUGAGGAAGCGUCUACAGUCAGCAUGUGUGGUCUGUUUGAUAGGUUCGGCCUCCCCAGUCCCUUCUCGACUGGUUCUACCACCACCUCUGACGACCCCAUCAAUGUCUUAGUCUACGGGUCGUCAACAUGUCUAGGGCUAUUAGCCGCCCAGCUUGUGCAUAGGGUUUCGGAAAACUCGGGCCGUAGACUGCGGCUCAUUGGAGUAGCAAGCUCGUCAAAACAUGAGUUUCCCCGUGCUGCGCCUAAUUUGCGUCCGGAAGGGAAAUACCACGUCCUCCGCAGUGCAAGUGGUGGAAAUUUUGAUACAGCCAACUUGGCAAUCAAGCCAAUUUGCGGUGCCGUUUGGGAAGGACUGGGUGUUGAGAUCUGUUACGGAGCAGGAGUUUUCUUUCCUGCAAAACCUGAAGCUCGGGAAUUUGCCGCAAAGUUCUUUAGUUUCCUCGACUCGGGAGCUACGAGUAACGAGGUCAAGUUGCAUCCGAACCCGAUUCGGAGGAUGCCUGGCGGGCUGGAGCGCAUUGCUCCAGAUGGGUUUGCAUUAUUGUCCGGCCUGUGCGGUAGCUUCGACAGUAAGCUCCAAAAUCGCAAGUGA